GAAUACCUUACCUAAGGUACGGAAUACAGAUACCGAGUCCCCACUUUUCUUAACCUUGCGACCCAGUCCCUUUGCAUCUUUCAUAUCGGAAGGCAGGUGCCUUGGGAGAGGUCACUUACAGCAGCCUUGAACCUUCAAUUCUCACUUGCGGGGGGAAUUGCGGGGCUACUCGCUACGGCACUUUGCGAGGGCUAGGACAAGCGGUCCAUAUACGAAGUAUUUCAUUCACGAAUAGCCAAGGUAUCUGGAUACCUGACUGACUGGACACAGUCAUGGCAUCUGCGUUUUCCCACCAACAAGAUGACGGUAGCGCCGGCGUCACAACAUCUGGCGACGUCAACGUCGAUGUCGAGCAUGCACCAGCACCCGCCUUCACGGUUCCUGCCAGAAGGCUGGGUGCCCUAGAACACCCCAUGGUAGCCCUGAACGUCGACAAGGUGCUCAAGACAUUUGGCCAAAAUUAUGCGCUCGAGGCCAUAUUGGACUCGGCCAGUCCCCAUGUCUCUGUCCCACUGUAUAUGCGCCCUGACAACCCAACCUCGAGACCGUUGACGUCGCACAAUGCCUUGACCCACAACAUUGUCAUCAAAGUCACGGUUCCAAAGCGGACUGGGCGGAAGCGCAAGCGAGGCAGCAAUGAUCCCUUCGAAGGCCCUACACAGCCUGCCGACCCUGCCACCAUAUCCUCCCGGGAUCGGCUUGAUCUCCCACGGAGCGUCAGGCGCAAGUUGUGCGACAAUGUUGGCAAGUACAUUGUCGAGCCAGUCGGUGUCAUUGCCAACACCCACCGGUACAGAGGCCUCGCCGAUUUCCAGUAUGCGCUGGGGAACUCUGCCUUCAUGAGCCGGUUCUGCGAGAAGAUCAUUCCCGGCGAUGUCGCAAAGCUCAAGGAGUUCUCGUUGCAGCCCGGUAUAGAAUCUGGCAGCAAUAUUGACCUGAUCCCGCCUCCCAACUUCACAAACAUGAAUCUGCCCUUUGGCUACAACUACCAACAAAACCCCUACACCAAAGAGAUCAGUCCAGGAAUGUUGUCGGCGGACGAAGGCAUGUCGGAGGAUCAAGAGUACGGCCGCGUAGUCAACGUUACCUCGCGGGUCCCCGCCGCCGGCUACUUUAUAGCCCACGACGAGUACCCGGUUCCGAGCGGGCCCCGACGGCAGCCCAACAUGUCCGACCCUCAAGUGGCCAUGAUCAUGACGGAGAUGCGACUUGCCAUGGAGGAACGCCCUAUCUGGACCCGCCGCAGCAUGUGGAACCGGCUGGGCUCCAAAUUCGAGGAGCUGCCCAAGAGCGGCAGCCUUGUCCGCCAUUGCCUGCAGUAUGCGGGAUAUCAGUUCAAGGGCGGACCGUGGCGCGACGCGCUGGUGCGGUACGGUCUAGACCCGCGCAGCGAUCCCAAGUAUCGCGUGUACCAGACCUUGAUCUUCAAGCUACACAAGACGCGCAUAGGAACUGUCGGUCGGUCAUGGCAGAGUGUCAGGCGCAAUGAGGUCGGCGUCACCAAUUUUGGCAAGUACUGGCAAGAGAUUGGCGACGACCAAGCGCUCAGAGACACGCACAUCUUUACCGGCGAGGCAUUCAGCACCGACGGCAAGGUGUGGCAGGUGUGCGAUAUCACGGACCCUCUCCUCGCCCAGCUAUUUUCCAACGCCGAGGUGCGCCCAGAAUGCGAUGUGGAAAUCAGUGGCUUCUACCAUCGCGUCCUGUGGUCUGUAGCCAAGGCCAUCAUGAAGUGCAAGAUGCUGGCCAUCAGGUUCAAUCGAAGCCUCACCGACGACGACUUCCGCAUGACCCUCGAAGCCGUCCAAGGCCCUAACGAUGGCGGGGACGGUGGUGGCGGCACAAGCAUUGGCAUCAGCCUCCCCGACCUCCAACUUACGGCCGCCGAGUGUGAGCAGCUCCGAGGCAAGAAGAUGCGCCCCGGCGUCAAGCCAGGGCGCGACAGGUGGGUGGAAAAGAGAAAAAAGACGCACUACCGCGUCCGCAUCCCCCUGAAACAGGCCGAGGAGAGAGAAGCCGAGAAGAUGAUCCGCCUCCUCUCUAGGGGCAAAGGGGGCGGUGAAAGCACGUCACUUCCUGGAAAGAACAAAUCCGGCGAUGACCCGGAAACGGCAACACUGGUGCAUCCCACGGUGCAUCCAGUUACAGAUGUCGCUCGACUUGCCAAUAAAGAGAAUAACGGCGACGUUGCCAGUGAGACGAGCGGUGGGAGAGAAGACGAGGACGGAGACGAGGCGUCGGGCACAUUCAUGGAGCUCUUUGACAAUCUCGAUGACGAAGGAGACAGCGAGGACGACGAGGACGGCGAUAGCGUGGAAGAUAUGGACGAUGACGAAGAUGAGGAUAACGACGACGACCUGGACGAUGACCUGGACGAUAACGGCGAGCCAAAGACAUUUGGCGCGAGCUACCACGCCAAGGUCAGCACUGGAGCCGGAGGCCAGGAUCUGAUGGGCUAUGGCUGGUUCGCUGUCGAGGACGGCGAGGGCGGCCUCGGCGACGAGUACGAGGAAGAGAACGACGAAGCCGAGGGGAGCGACGACCUGGCAGACAGCGCCGAGGGCGAGUACGAGUCGGCCGCGGAAGAGGACGAGGCCGGCUACUACGAAGGGGAUGGCGAUAAUAUCCGCGGCCUCGGGGCAGGCGAGUGGGAGGGCGCGGACGAAGAGGAGGACCAAGACCUCAGCGACGCCGAGGACCCCGACGCCCAUGUAACGUAUCCGGCAUACUAGGACUAUGUUUGGUAGGAUCCCGCAAGGAUAUGCGGAAUCUGGAAUUUUGUGGCCCAUCGUGGAUAGGUAGCAUAGGGUUUGUAUAUCAGUGUAGAAGUACCUCACCCCCGGGCUUGGCUAGUUGCCGUCAUUGUCAUAUUGGCCACAGUAGAUGGUUGAUAUUUUGACCAGAUAAUGGAACCAGAUCUCUCAUCA